AUGGUCGCUAUUGAUGAACCAAAUAGACGAGGACAGCGCCGAGGUCCUGCUGCUGCUGAAGCCACCACUCUCGGGACUAAACCCUCCACAGUAACAAUCCAACCUACUACCAACACUCUUUCUGUCAAAGCUACAGCUCAGAGAGCCCCUGUCCCUGCGAUCGCCACCAGAACGCGAACAAAGGCCACCAAUACCACCACCCCCUCCGCCAAUACGCCAACCACUACCAAGACCCCCAAUGCCCCAAAGGCCAGUUCCACAAUAACCAAGGGUCAAAAGAAGGUCCUUCGUAACAAUCCUGGUGCCACUGGCUCUGCUUCCCCUCUUCCUCGAACCUCAAAGGCGGCGAAAAAGAAAAGGCCAAAAGCGACGAGCAAGAAGUCAGUGGACUCUGCAGACACAGAUGACUCGGACCCUGACACUGUCAAGAAGUCGGCCAAGAAGAAGGCCAUCAAAUCCUCAUCCAACAAGGUCCUCUAUGACCUUCUGGCGCGGAAGGAUAAUGAUAUCCAGGAGUUGACCGUCAGGCAACAUAAAGUGAAGCUCUUAACCUGGCAGUUCUACUGCGAUAUAAAUUAUGAUGGCGACUACACAGUGAAUGCUGAGCGCAUGCUGCCGUACUUUGAGAACCUGGUCUUCCUCCGAACAUCCAAGAAGUUUAUCGUCCCUGAUAUUGACUACGACGGCGCCAUUGGCCUCAGGCCUGCGGGAUGGAAGCCGCCAAAUCCUAAACAACGACGAACAGCUAAAAAAACCAAGGAUAUUGAAGAGUGGAUACCAGAGUCGUCUUCCAAGGAGCAGGACUUACAGGUGUGGACCCCUGAUGAUGCUGACGCAGCGAUAGCCCGAUCAGAGGAGCUGGAGUAUGAGGAGCACGAGGAUGAAGAUGAGAUAGUUGCUGCUGCAGUGGAUGAGGUUGUAGAUGUCGACAUGGAAAUCGUCGUAGGCAAUAACCGAGAGAAUGACAACAACUCAGUCGAAAUCACUGUCCAAGAAGAACUACAAGCACUGCAUGCAAUGGUGGAAGGUGAGGAUGAGACUGGCCUUGUUCUGGAAGGUGAGGACUUUGAGUCUGGAGACCAACAGGGGCUGGAGCAUGCCACUGGAACAGAAGCUCCUGCAGAACCCCUCAUAAUCGAGACUGAGGCAGACAAGAUGAAAGUCUUUUCUGGUCUUGUACUUGAUAAGCAUGGUCGUAUUGCGAUCACGGUACCUUUGUCUCUGGGAACUGUUGACAACUACCGCAAAGCUUGUAUAUAUCUCUGGAAGCUUCAAAACCAAAGGACCACCUUGUGCCCAAAUCCUGCGCCUAACCCACGUACCGAUGGACCUUUGGAUGAUGCCAUCAACGCCUAUGGCGUUCGUCUCGUCUAUGACAAGGCUACAACUGGAACAACAAGGGACACAGCUUGUAACACACGCGAGACAUAUGACGGUAAUGACAACUAA